AUUAUCUCCCUUGAUCUUGUAAAGUGAACCUUGCUCGGCUUUGACUCCCAUAAUAUCAGACAUAGAAAUAUUAUGUAUAUUAGAAUUGGAACUUGAAGUGAUUAAGAAAUAUGACAUAGUCACAGAAAAGGAUAAUGUCUUCAAGAAGAUCCGGUUUUGCUUGGACCGCAUUUCAACUUACAAAUAGUUUUCGUCGAGAAUUUGUUGCACCACACAUUGUUAGAAUACUACUCCCUGGUGGAUUUCCAUAUGAAGCAUUUGAUGGACAAGCAAAUAUUAAACCAUGGAGCCUGUUAUCUUUGGUGGAAUCUGGUAGAGCAUUUUCAUUUAAUGGCAAUCAGAAUGAGCCAGAACAAGGAUUCUUAGAAUUAAACACACUGUAUAAUGAUGUUUUAGCGUUUAAUGCGACAUGUUCUUUAACCAUCAGCCUAGACUUAUACAAGAAAGAGACCAGCAAGAGUCCACUAAUAAUAACAAAGAAAUUGGUUUAUGCAGGGACGUCAACAGUGAAUACUUUAACAGAAGUAUCUCAUCCAGAAAUAGAAACACCUUUAGCAGAAUGUAGAGUUCAGACAGUUUACGUUGAUAAAACUACACACCGUCCAAAACCAUUUCCAGAAUGGUGGAAUGAGAAAUAUAAGAAAUAUUCUAAGCCAGAAGAAGUUUUAAAAUGGAGACUAAGUUACCCGCGCUCGUCUGCUGUCACGUCAUAUCCUCUGAUAAUACAACCUAGUGACUGUGAUGCAUAUUCACAUACGAAUUGGACAAGUUAUUUAAAAUUUUGUUGUGAUGCUUUAGUUUCCACUAAUGUUAAAAAAGACGGAACUGAUUUAAAAUUACCGCAGAUUAAAUUAGCGUUGUUAAGCUAUGUUAAAGAAGGAAAUGUUGGAGAACAACUUUCUGUGGAUUUCUGGUCACCCCCAGAAAAAAAAUGUAUUUGUUUUGAAUUAUUAGAUGAACAGAAAGAUGUUAUAUGUCAAGCACAAUUAGAAAUGCACGAAAAUAGUAGAUUGUAAAUUAACAUAAAGUAACAUGAAAACGAUCUUGCAAAUAAUUUAAUGCAAGCCUUUUACAAAGAACUGAAUAAAAAUAUGCAAGUGCAAAAAUGUAUUUGUUUUGAAAUAUUAGAUGGACAGAAGGAUUAAGCACAAUUAGAAAUGCACAGAAAUAGUAGAUUGUAAAUUAACAUAAAUACAUGUAUAAGAUUGAUCUUGCAAAUAAUUUAAUUCAAGUCUUUUACAAGAAGCUCAAGAAAAUAUGCAAGUGGUCUAGAGUGUCGGGCUUCGUGCUCCAGCUGGCUGGCCAAUUCUGGCUUGCGGUCUUGGUUUCGAUCCCUGGUGUGAGCCUAUGUGGCUUGGAAAUAGGGUCGCCUUCUCAUUUCGUCCCACAGGAAAGACCAUGGCAUGUGCGCUAAGAUAAUAAAAAUGAAAAUAUGGCAACUUGCCUGCGAUAUCACCCUCGGUGGAAGUGGACGAUAAACACCAAGAACAACAACAACACUCUAUGGAGUUGAGCUCUUGACCAAUUUUCACAAACUUUGGACUGUGAUUAUUAUUUACAGUACAGGUCUGUAAUCCCAAAACUUGUGUAUACUUAUAAACCUUACAAAACAGGGAAAAAUCUUGAAGAGUUUUACCUUGCGUUACAUAACUAGACAUUUAUCGGUACGAGUCUUUGAUAUACCUCUAACCAAAUUACCAACAUUUAUAACUAUAUUUAUUCAUGGAUGAAGUUAUUUAUUGAUUUUUAUAUUCAGCAUUUAUUUGUAAUACCGGUACAAUUCUUAGAAUUUUAAACAUUAUGCAGAAAAGAUGUAAAUAAAUGGAGUUUUAUAACAAGA